AUGACGCCUCAGCGAAUCUUGAAAGAGAUACACUUGCGCAAGAGACUUAAUCACCCAAAUAUCAUUCGAUUGUUAGGUACCACUGGAGAUUUCCAAGGUGGUAGCUUCCCUUCGCUUGUGUUCCCCUGGAUGCCAAGUGGAGACCUCCAUUGCCACAUCGCGUACCACGGAGCAGGAAUCGAGGUAUCACUCAAGUUGUCCCUGGCUCGCGAUAUCGCCUCCGGAGUCGCUUAUCUUCACGAGUCCCAUGUGGUUCACGGUAACUUAGAGAGUAAAAAUAUUCUCAUAGGCCCAGAAAAUCGAGCAUAUCUGACCGGUUUCUCUUUGGCAACCGACCUUGAUAAACCCUUCAAAACACCCGAGCCUGGUGGAGUGCGAUUUGCUGCUCCUGAAUGCUUUAUCAAUAAGAAAGGCAACAGUUCAUUGUCUAUCAUCAACAGAGAUAUACUCAAUCGGCUGUAUCUUACUCCACGUGAGUGUGUGCUUGCAUAUCCUGACUAUUCUGAAGCUUGCAUUCAGGUUUUCUCGGGAUGUUUGCCGUGGCAUGAUUCAAGAUCGAGUGACAUUAUCAACAGACUUCGACAGCGUCGUAUGCCACCACGUCCGGUAGGUGGCGGUAUUGACAAUUCCCUGUGGAACUUUAUCACACGCUGCUGUUCCUUCAUACCGCGCGAUCGGCCAUCCGCAACACAAAUUCUCGAAUUUCUCAAACAUCAGUACACGCCUAGUGAGGUCGAUAUCUCUCCAGAUGACCUGACAGGGAUGCUCCGCAACACCCCCCUCAUUCCCACCACCUCAGGAGGUUUUGCACACAUAACGAAGUGUACGCUGAAGAGGGAUUGGAACACUAUACAGGUAGCUGCCAAGUCGAUUCGACUCCAACCCGAUGAUCCAGAUCAAAAAGAGUAUUUGCGUGAACGCAAGCUAUGGGAAAGACUUAUGCAAGAAAACAUCCUACCUCUACUCGGAGUUGCGCGAAAUUUUGGCGGCGUUCCUGGCUACAAUGCAUUGGUUUGCUCCUGGAUGGAGAAUGGCACACUCUCAGAUUACAUCAAGAGGUAUCCGGAAAUGGAACCACGACAGAAGUUAAAAUUGCUCUGCGACAUUGCCACUGGCCUUCGUUAUCUUCAUUCGCAAGACAUUGUACAUGGAGAUUUGACAGAUAGUAACAUCUUCGUGGAUAUAAAUGGACGCGCAGUGAUCGCUGAUUUUGGCUUGUCUUUCCGAAUAUCGGAACCCACUGGGAGUUACACCGUCACUGCGGCUGCACGGUGGAUGGCACCAGAACUAGUAAUGGACGACGCAAAACCGUCUAUACACAGCGAUAUGUAUUCCUUUGGUUCCAUCAUGAAUUACGUCAUCUCUGGUGAACUUCCCUUUCCGUCUGAACAAAUACCAUAUCUCGCCAUUUUUCGAGGCGAAGCACCCUGCACAGGCCGAGCCAAUGAUGUAUCUCAAGAGCAUUGGAAUUUUAUCCAACGGUGCUGGGGACGCAUAGCCUCUUCUCGCCCAUCCGCUGAAGAAGCUUGUGAACUCCUGCGAAGCGAACUUGAUUCAAACGUUUAAUCGCAAAAUAGGUCUACAUCUCUGAGUCCUUGGGACAUAAUUACAUACGUCCUUUCUCCUGUACCUAGGCUGUACAUUACGAAUAUCUUUGAGGUAGAUUUAUAUAUAACCCGGCGGUGUCCACUGCCAAUGUGUCGACUCUCCACAGCCCUGCAAAGGAAAAUGUCACU